ACAAAGGAUUUGCGCAAAUGUAGUCGGAGUAGGUCCCGAGUCGGCUGUCAGGCUUUCCACAUACAAAUGUGCUCAGUUAGCCGGAAGUAAAACAAAAAUGGGAAUUUUCUCUAAGUCGCCCUCUGACUAGAUUGGAGAGGAAUCGGCUUUCCAGCCGAUCCAACUGCACACAUAUGUACUUGGUGCAUGAAUGCCGCCCAUUCAUGUGUCAAGGAAAAUUGCAUAGCUUCGAGUCUCCUAUCAACAAUUUCAUAUAUUUGGCGUCCACGCUUUUAAAUGUUUCGGAAGCCUGGUGAGGAUCUGGAUUUGAAUUUGAGCUCACCGACGAGCGACUACGCUGGCAGUUACCUUCAGUCGGAUAGCGAAGUGGGUUCAUUACGUACUUUUUCCGGGGAUGACAAUGCUGGCAUUAACAGCGCUCGCACCCGCUUCCAAGAUGCGGAAUUCAAUGAUACGGAUAAGAAUGACGAGUCAGACAGUCUGGAGAACACGGGGAAUGAAUCUGAUAAUGAGCUAGUGGAUUACCCAAAAGCUGUGGCAUUCAUCGUUACCAAUGAGUUCUGUGAGCGCUUCAACUAUUAUGGCAUGCGUGCUAUACUGGUGCUCUAUCUUACCCAUAAGCUGGGGUACAACGAGGAGACGGCGACCGUGCUCUUUCACGUAUUCACGAUGCUCGUCUACGUUUUCCCCAUCGGUGGAGCUCUUGUUGCGGACGGCUGGCUGGGCAAGUACAAGACGAUAUUGUACCUGUCGGUCGUAUAUAGUGUCGGUGCGAUGAUUGUCGCCAUUGGGGCUAUACCUUUACCGUUGAUGCCUGAUAGUUUUUCUAGGAUUGUCACCAUUGUGGGUCUUCUGAUGAUUGCUGUGGGCACUGGCGGCAUCAAGCCCUGCGUGUCGGCCUUCGGCGGCGAUCAGUUCCGCCUGCCAGAUCAGAGCGCAGAGCUGGCCAGGUUCUUCUCGCUGUUCUACUUUGCGAUCAAUGCGGGCUCCAUGAUCUCCACGGCGGUCACUCCCAUCCUGCGCGCAGAUGUGCAAUGCUUCGGGGACGAUGACUGCUACUCUCUGGCAUUCGGGGUGCCCGCUGUGCUGAUGAUCAUCUCGAUGGGGAUCUUUAUGGCCGGCAGAUUGCGCUACAGGGUGCGCUCACCGUCGGGCAACAUGUUCUUCGGCGUGUCGAGCUGCCUAUCGAGCGCGUACAAGGGUUGGCGGAUGAAUCGCAAAAAGAGUCCUUUGCCCCACUUUCUCGACUAUGCAGCGCCCUCUGUGGGAGAUCAGAUGGUGUACGACACAAAACGCCUGAUCAAGGUUCUGCUGCUCUAUAUACCCUUUCCUGCUUUCUGGGCCCUGUCCGACCAGCAGGGCUCGCGCUGGACCUUCCAGGCCACCCAUAUGGAUGGCGACGUGCUUGGCUAUCAGAUCAAGCCGGACCAGAUGCAGGUGAUCAACCCGCUGCUCAUCCUCGUCUUUAUUCCACUGUUCGACUAUGUCGUCUAUCCGCUGCUCGCACGCAUCGGCAUCACGCGCCCGCUGCAGAAGCUCAGCAUUGGCUUGCUGUUCGCCGCCAUUGGCUUCUUUCUGUCGGCGUCCGUGGAGCUGCAUCUCGAGCGGCUGGAGCCGAAGGCUGCGCCCAGGCUCCCAAACAUGGUCCACCUACGUCUCUACAAUGGGAUGCCGUGUCGCUAUGAUUUCAUCAGCGAGCACGAGGCAGUUGCCGCCUCCAUCGAUUCGCUUUCCAUGUGGUCCAAUUUGGAGCUCCGCGUGCCUCGGGCUAUGGAGGUGGGCCUUAGGGCAAAGUCUACGAGUAAACGCUGCCCGAAUAUUGAGGGACGUCUGCACCUUCAGCCAGGCCAUUCAGUCAGCUAUUUCCUAACCAAGGCCGGUCUUCGGGAAUUCUCCGACGGCUUGAGCACUGUGCAGCGCCUCAAUCGACCUCUGCUGCUGCGCACUUUGAUCAACACACCCUCGGAAGAGGGUCCCAUUCGGCUGAGGGCUCCCGCGUCGAGCCUCGCCAGCAUCCAGCUGGACAUCGGCAACCUCUCGGCCCUGCACGAAGUCGCCCUCGGGUAUGGCGAGCUCGACAUCAAUGGCAAGCGAGCCGCUAGCUUCGAUGCCCAAAAGGGAGGACUCUACAGCCUCCUGGUUCAGGGCAAUGCACGCGACGGAUAUGAGUACAACAUGCUGGAGGUGGUGCCCCCCACAACGCUCUCGGUACUCUGGCAGCUGCCACAGAUCGUGGUCAUGACAGCCGGCGAGAUAAUGUUCGCGGUGACGGGGCUGGAGUUCUCGUUUACUCAGGCGCCGCGCAGCAUGAAGUCGGUGCUGCAGGCCUGCUGGCUGCUCUCCGAGGCCAUUGGCAACCUGCUGGUGGUGGCCAUAGCGGAGGUGCAGCUCGUCCGCACCCAAUCGGCUGAGUUUGCGCUCUUCGCCAGCUUAAUGCUGUUCAAUAUGAUGCUCUUCGUCUUGCUCGCACGCAACUACACAUACGUGGAGGAGCCAGACUCGGACUCGAAUACUGAGCCUUCCCGGAAGGUUGAACAGGAGAGCGACGACACUCUGCCAAACGAGCCCUCCAUCGAGCAACAGCCGCCCAAAGAGGAUGACGGUGUGCCGGUCACCAAUCAGAACGAUUAUCGGGGCGAUGUCGACUAGCCCAUACAUUUGGGCAUCUGUAUUGCGUAUAUAUGUGUAUAUCUGUGUGUCAUCAGAUCACGAUGGAGUCGUCUGCAUAGCCAUUUAAACCAGGGCUGGGCGCUUCGUGCACGUGGCGUUGCCAGCUAGUUGCAAGUGGCUGCUGCGUGGGCUGUGUUUAGUGCGCGAUGCGCGCGAGAUCAUUUACUUGGCAAAAUUCAAAUAUUAAAGCAGAAACGAAGCGAUUGGCAAUCAGAAGUGAAUAAUAAUGAAAUGAUGCAUUGGGAAGGCUCUUCGCAGUUAUCUUCCGAGUGCAGUGGAAGCUCGAGGCGUUGCCCAACAUUUCCGGAGCUGUGCUGUGACAAGUGGCAGCUCCAUUGUAUAACGCUUUUCGCACUCGCAGACGACUCUGAGGCAAACAACGCAACGGAAUUCAGUUAAAUUUGUAAAGUGAGAAUAAAAUUUGCACGAGGAAAGAGUGGAGAAGUCAAUGACUUUGGCAAAAUGUGAAUAUGGGAAAGGCAUUGCCAUCGCCAAGGGCAGCGAAGAGGCAUUGCCAGCAGCAAGUCGAAGCAGUUGCAGUGCGACGAGCGAAACGAACGAGACGAACGAGCAUUGAUUGCAAAGUUGAACAGUUUGUGUCUAUACCUGAGUGGAAAAAGUUGAAAGGAGCUGAAACCGGACCGGACCAGGACUGCAAGUAUUCUGAGAAAACUAGGAGAAAACAGGAAAUGCAGCUGCAGCCACGCACAUAUGGAGGGAAUAUAAUAGAACAACGGACAGGCAGGCAGAGGGACGAUUAGCCAGACAGCUGUAGUGGAAGAAAACAAACCCUCAUUAGGACUGGGCCUACAGGACUAAGGACCAGCGGAGACCCUGAGCUCGACUACCUGAACCGGACCGCGACUACCUGAACUCCUUGACUACCUGGACUAGUAACUAGCGAGUCUGCCUCGUCGCUGGCCGAGCCAGCAGCGGGCACAGUCGAGCGCUAGCUCUGGAGCGAGCGACACGGUCAGGAGAAGUUAGUCCAAGGAUUCCUUUUUUUUACACUUUUUUUUGCAAGUGCUAGUUUUUCCGAGUAUCAACUGUACCUAGUGCCAAACACAGUAUCGAUAUGUGAAAAGAGAGAAAGAGCCAGCCAUCGAACGUCCAUAAAUCAGACACGAAUCGCACAUCAACUCGAUAAAGGAGCAAAGCAGCUGAGUUGCCCACAAAAGCGAAGGCCACGAGCGAGCGGGUGAGUGGGUGCACGGCAAUGCAGUUCUGUGGCCCCCGGCGGGCGGCAGCUGCUCCCGGAGGAGAGCGCUGCUCGUUGCCCGGAGGCAGGUGAGGCGCGGUGCGUCGCAAUUGCUGUUGCUGCUGCUGCAGAGGCGUGGACGUGGCGGCGGGUUUGCAGAGUAAUUUCUACUUAGAUCAAUCAAGCUGUGCCCUGGGCAUGCGGGCGAGUGAUGGGCGAAGCAGCAACGAGAGGGGGAGAGAGCGUGAGCUUUGCGGCGCAAGCUGAACAUAUGGAACAGAGCGAGACAGUGGAACACGAACGGCAUCCGUUUGAUGCCGCACACACGAGAUACGAGACGAAGCGUACCCACAUACUUCUAUCGCGAGUGUGCGUGGCAUCACAUGGAUGCGAGCGAGACGGCAUGUCGUGCGACUAGCUUACUGCAUGCGAGCGAGCAGCUCGGCAAGGGAGACGCGCUCUCUCUCUCUCUCACACUAAAGCACACACACAGUACACGUAUGUUCAUCUCGCUCGGCAAAUGGUUGACGGCGCCUGCCUCCGCGCCGAGCCGCGCAGCGCCAGGGCAGAGCACAGCGAUUCGAGUGCAUAAACAGCCGGCGACAGAAGCCACAUAAACCAAGAGAAUUGCAUGUGUAUAACAGUCAUAACCAGUGGGUCAAGUAGCCCCUGUCCGCCAGCCCACCCCUCGCACACACACACGCGCAGGCGCACAUGCACCACCGCCCCACCCACAACAGACUGGAUUGGACUGCGCUCGCCGCCUCGAGCUCAGGCAGGUCGCUUGCCUAACCUGGAAGCACUCGAAUAAGUGUUAUACGCCAAUAAAGCACUGCCACUGUGCAACUAUCACACACAGGGCAUUCGAUUGCCACUAACUACGCUAGUCGAUCACCUUACGAACCACUAUAAAACCAGAGAAUGUCAUCGUAUUCGUCCAUUCCAUUCCAUCAAACUCCGCAUUCAGUUGGCAUACAUACAUAUAUAUCAGUAUACUGUGUGGCAAGUAUAUAUAUUGCAGGGAAAGCUGAUCCGUCAAUGUCCGGCUGGAACUAGUUCCGGCUCUUUAUCGCUUUAGCCAAGACCGUGUCGCUGGGCUCGACUGUCACGAGGCAGAGCAGGGGGAGCUGGAGAGAGAAGAGUAGGAUAGCAGUCACCAGGCGGAGCAGCACGAAAGAGAGAGGGGGAGAGAGAGUGCGAGAGAGAAGGGGUAUAGGCAGUUGGAGUCACGUUGCUAAGAAAAGUGCAGAGGGCGAGUAAAGGCUGGUAGAGCCCAACUCGUGCCAGUUUCGUAGUUGACUAGGACGACAGAAACAUCAAAGAAAAGCGCACCCCAACUUCACUCACGAUGAAUAACAUAAGGGAAAAGCUCGAUCAACCAAUCAGGCCGUGUCGCUCGGCAGGCAAAGAGCCAAAGACCACAAAUAAAGAAGAGUAAGAGAGAAAGCCAAUACUUCCUAGACUCAAUCAUGCUGUAACACAUUUGCAAAUAAAGCCAUGCCGCUUAGACUCAA